CUCCGCGCUGCCUAGAGAAGCCAUGUGUGUGGGUCUGAAGUCCAGUCCGCCCCGCGCUGGAUUUGCUGUUUUUCCUGCGGUCUCGUGCCGCCUCCCUGUCAACGGCUCGCCGCUUCUUCUCCCCCUCGCUACAGCUGCUCAACUGUCAUGUCAACACUCAAAUCAUCCUGCUUGUGGCGGCAGCAGCUUUACUGGGUGUAAACUUCCGCAUUUGAUUUGAGCCAUCCCGUAAAGAGAGAGAGAGAAAGAGAGAGAGAGCGCGCGAGGGAGACGCUGGAUGCGCGAGGGUGGGAGGAGACGAUAAUGGGACAGGCGUUAGAUGAGACACACUCCCUCGCUGUGGUGAUAAGCAUUGUAGUGUACUUAAAGAAGCAUCAGCUUACCUUUACCACCCUUAUCUUUUGACGUGCAUGAUAUAACAGCGGGAAAGAAAAACGAUUCAGGGACUAAAUUAAAUUAAAAGUACUGGAAGAUAUUAAAGCUUAAUAGUAGGGGAGACUGGGGCCAGCUGUGACAAAGUUUUAUGCAUAUAGAGAUUUGCAUGUUACUCAUCCUAAGCUCCUUACAGACACACUCAUGUUUGCAACAAAAUUAAACAGAAUGUACUGAAAAUUAUAUUGUUUGCCUUAAACUGAAAAAUUUGGAACCAUAGACUGUAUAUAUACUGUUCUCGGAAUGGCUUCACCCAGUGAGGAGGCAGACAGCAUCCAUCCUAUAUACAGUCUAUGUUUGGAACCAAGUUGAAGAACAUGCAUCCAUACAUUUGGUUUACUCUUUUCCUGCAAAAACAAUUUCCCGUGUUAUAUUUAGUUCUUGCAUAUUUUUCUUUAUUUUAUAAUUAAUUUAAAAAAAAAAAAAGAACGCUGAUUUUCCCAUUAUGACCAUAGACUGUAUAUAGAAUGGACGCCCCCUUCACUCGCUGGGGGAAGUCACUCCCAGAACAGCACCCUCUGGUGACUGGCUGCAGUAUAGGUCAUAAAUCCCGCCUCCUCCAGCAAUUCCAAUGGAGCUGUGGACAAACUUUAGAAAUUUAUUACACAGAAUAUAAAUUUUUCUUCCCCCAUGUUGUGAUGUUGACAUGUAGUUAUUGUAGGACUGGUUUGUGCUCAAGUCCUCUUUCUUCUGUGCAGCUUGAUUUUAAAAUUUAUCAGGGGGUUCAUGUUUUCUAUGAUUGACACCUGAUACAGCCUAUGGACGUACAAAGAUUGCAUAGUUUUAGCCAAGCGUCAUCACAGCGACUCUCGGCAACUCUCCCGCCUAAUGCAUACAAUGCUACUGCGCAAGUGGUGAAGUGUGUACAACGCUACUGCACAAUGUUGGUUUCAGGAAAUGAAGAAAGAUCGCGGAAAUACUGAGAGCUUUUUGGCUUCAAAUCUGUAUACUGGUGGAAGCCGGAACCAUGUUGUCCACAGUAUACACAGUCUAUGAUCAUAACUAAUUGAUUAAUCCUAUUAUAUAGAAGUAACAACGUCUUUUAACUUCUGGUAGCUGAAUAUUUUUUUAUGAUCUUUCUUUCUUUCUUUCUUUCUUUCUUUCCUUGUAAUUUUAUUAAAUGUAUAACUACAGAUACAAGUUAUGACCAUCUGAUGUAAAGAUCUGUUGAGCCUGGUGUCUUUUCAAGUAAAUAGGUCUAGAGAGGAAACACUGCUGAUUAUGUUGUGGUAAUCCCACCUGAGGCUUUCAGACAACAAGGGUUAUGACCUCUGGGCAAGUUUGAGAGACACUCAUGGAAAAUCUAAUGAUGCUGUCAAACUGGAUUUCUGCCAGAUGAAAUUUACUCACGUGCUGCAGUUUAAAGCUGAUAUGCAGAAAAAGUAGUCUCAGUUGACUGUUGAGACGGAAGAAAUUUACAAUUUGUUUAGCAAGUUUCCACAAGAUGUAAGUUGAACAACUUCUUUAUGUCAUUUCAGUGAAAAUUAAAAAAUAAAUUUCAGUUAUCUCUUCCCUCUGACUUAAUGUAUCAUGGAGAAGAGAUAAUUGUUGUUAUCUAUCAUCUUGUAGGUUUUUGUGUUCUGUGUGUGAUUAUAUAUCCAACCAAUUGAAACCAGAGUCAGUUUCUAUUGUAAUUUUGUUUGAGUUAGCCUACCUGGCCAGUAAAGCCAACCCGGAUUCUUGGGAGUUUUACACGGAUGUAUGGCGUCCUCUUGUGGUCGAUACUUUAUAUCACGAGCUGUGUUUAAGAACAAGCUGUGAAGUGGGAAGAGAUCAAGUUUAUUUUUCUAUUAUUUCUAAUAAAAUUUAUAUUCCUCUUCUUUUUUUCUUUGAAUUACAUUUUCACAUUUAUCUCUCUCUGUAGGUGUUUUGUCAUGGUUGUGAACGAAAGCGGAACCAUCGUCAUUGCUGUGAGUGUGCACGGGAUUUUUACAGCGUUGCACGUUGUCAAACCGCUACACACCAGCGUUUCAGAGAAGUGUCAUUUCUUAGCCCCAAACUUUGUUUUUUUUUAAAGGCAAAGGAAGGUGGAAGAGGUAAUACUUAACAGCUUAAUAAAACGAAGGGUAGUCGAGAGUUCUGUCACAUUUCAGGUCCACAUUUAAGAGUGAUUUUACGCCGGUUCUUUCUACUUCAUUUGGUCGUGUUCAUGUAGCUGUGUAUCAAAUUCAUCUGGUUUUGGACUGAAGAGAGGAUUUAAUGGGUUUCUGCUUGAUCAGAUCGCACAGAAUAAAGCUGCAGGCUGAAAAUUAUCUGGUAUGGACGGUAUGAUGGAAGAGGAAGAUGACUGUCCAGAGCUGGUGCCCAUCGACAACCCGCCUGGUCCUCCUGCAGAGCAGAUACCUGUCACCAUCAUCACAGGAUAUCUGGGUAAGCAGCUGCCCACUCACUGCUUUGAUGAGUUUAUAAUUAACAGUUUUACUAAUCAUGGUCUGUUUUGCUCCUUUGUAGGUGCUGGGAAGACGACACUUCUGAAUUAUAUCUUAACAGAGCAACACAAUAAGCGGAUUGCUGUCAUUCUCAAUGAAUUUGGAGAGGGUAAACUUCUAAUUGUCUAUAAAAGAAAUCAUAAUCAGUGUUAGUUUCAUACAGUUUUGUUCAGGCCAAACAAAGAUGUAUCAAGAUGUAUGAACUGUGAACCUGUCUUGAUGCAUGGCCGAUGAAAAUUGUGCAAUUUCUUCAGCUUUCCACAAGAGAGCAGCACAGAAGCACGUAUUUAGAGUCCUUGAUGAAGCACUUCAGUGUGUUUUUACUGUGUUUUGAAUUAUUAUUUUUUUAAUUACCAUCACAUAACUUUUUGACAUCAAGAUUGAACAACACAGAUUUGGAGGUUUGUUUAUUUUUUAGGACUUUUUCUGAAGUUUCUCUCAGCCUCUGUCUACCAAAAAUCACAGCCACAUGGUGUAUUUACAUUUGGAUUUUUUACUCUCUCAGUCCUCAGCUCUCUAACUUUCUCUGUCUUAUUCUCUAUCUGCAGGUAGUGCACUUGAGAAAUCACUCGCAGUGAGCCAUGCAGGAGAGCUGUAUGAGGAGUGGCUGGAACUUAGAAAUGGCUGCCUUUGCUGCUCAGUAAAGUAAGAGGAGUGAAUAUGAAGUGUAACAAUGUUAAUAGAGAAUAAUUUCUUUACUCUAGGGCCUACUAUUUAAGAGUUUAAGCUUAAACAAGAACUGGGUCCAGGAUAUAUGAACCAAAAAGUAGAUAGAAACGGCUCAUCAUUAAUGCCAAUGAAGUGUAGUGAAAUUUGUGUCAUUUUUAAUCAUAACCGUUUUUUUUUCAGGGACAAUGGUCUUAAAGCCAUUGAGAAUCUAAUGGCAAAGAAAGGAAAGUUUGACUACAUCCUGUUAGAAACUACAGGACUGGCUGACCCAGGUAUGACACAACUUACUUUAGUUGUAAUAAGAGGUUAUCAUGUGAAUAAGAAUGUGACUGUGACCGUCAGCAUUUGUUUUAAGUCUGUCCUGGAAGCGAAUUUUCAUGACUUUACCACCUUUUCAUUCCUACAUUCCUAAUCAUGUAAGAGCUUUUUUAAUUAGAGGUGUGUUGUUUAUUCUGUAUGUGGUCUGGAGACAAAGAGGGGACAUCAUUUUCACAAACACACGCAGAUUAUAAUUUUUAUUAAUGUCUGAGAGCACCAUAUAAUUACAAUGGAAAAUCCAGUUUUUGUUUUGUUUUUUUGAGGUGGUAUUAUUUUACAGUGACCAUGUCUUACAGGUUAGACCAUAUUCAGCAACUAUUUCACAGGAUGUAGGGUUGUAAAUGGCGGUGUCAUCAGCAUAGAGGUGUAUUUUUGCUUUAAAGUUCAUUCCUACAUUACCUUUACUGACCUCAAGAAAAUCAGAGUUAAAGUUCUUCAUAGAUGCAGUGAGUUGGAUCUGUAAGACAAUUUUGACAGGAAGAAUCGCACCCCAUCUAUCAAACCCUAAGUGAGGAUCACUCUGGCUGGCACUGUAUGACUGACAAAUGCAAAAUGACCUUCAGUCUUUUUCACACAGUAUCUUCACGCUUCUUGUUUUGCCGAGCAAGAUGCAUCGUUGACAGCAAUUUAAAGCAGGAAAAAGAGCCAAUCUUGGCAUCUAAGAGGCUGGAACAAGUACAAUUUCUUUAUAUUUUCUGUACUCGCUCAUGACAGCCCAUAGUCUAGACAGGCUGCGAAAAGAGUGACCAUCUUAAGCAAAACUUGUUACUAACAGCAUAACAAACAAAACUGAUAGCAGUCUUGAGUUCUAACCCUCACUAGCUCCAGUUCACCCUCAUUUUUAGGGAUAGUGUACUGGUUUAGUGCUGCUGAACAUUCCCUGUUUUCUCUUUUUGUUUGUAAGAAGUUCGACAUUUGUAACUCUUGGGACCAAACUUCUGUUGUGACAGGAGCAUCCUAGAAAACAGUUUUCAUCAGGGAAGUAAAGAAAAACCAGCCUGUUCAUUCAUCUCUGAGCUUUGAAUCAGGAAAUCAAUACAAGACCAUUACAGGGCGAGCGCUUUGACAACUGAGGUGUGUCGCUAAGUGACAGGUGUCAGGAGGAAACGCCACGGGCAGACACACACCACUUGGCCUAACAGACAGAGCCAACAGAGCGCACUCAGACUGGGGCUGUCCUCUCUCCUCUGACAUGUCAUUGGCUGAGACAGGCUUUUUAUCAACUGGGACGGGUCUGUCAUUGGCUCUGGCAGUGCUGUCAGUCAUAACGCCUCCCGGGAGGAUUCUCCUCUUUUAUUCUAGAGGAGGUUGGAUGAAUUACGUGAAACAUGCCACUCAAAAACAGUGUUUUCAUUACGCAUCCAUCAAAUAUUUACAAUGCUUUCUUAUUCUCGCUUGGCAGUUUGACAAAAGUGCAUUAUGUGAACAAGCUGUGGCUGGCAUGGUAACAUAGGGUCUUGUCAUAACCCCGUGCACCAGAAAAUAGAUACAAACCAAAUAAACCAGUUAGAGAUAAACAAUUGAAAGCCUCUGAUAUUGGUUUUAUCUGCUUCACGGAGCUCUGUAAGAGAAGAGGGUGGGGAUCCUGAAAACAGCUCAAAACUUGACUUUAAAUACAAAAACCUUUUGUUCAAUAAUCAGAUAAUACUUAAAGAAAAACAUAAAUCUUAGUUAUUGAUUGAUUAAUUGUAACUUCUCUGUCGUUAUUAUUAUUAUUUUUUUUGAUCAAAAUGCCUUUUCUCAGUUUUUAUUUUAAAGACGAGUUUUAGAUAUUUGGUCUACCAAAAGGAUUAUCUCGACAUGAUUCAUUUAAUUUGUACGGGGUAUUGUUCACUAUUUUAUGACACUUUUAGUCAAUUUGAUCACAGUGAACUUCAGUACUUUACAACUAAACAUUAGUUUUUCAUCCUUGCAUUCAUUUAGAUCUAAAUUGAUAAGAAAUAUAUUGCUUAUGUGAUCCAGUGUCAUUACAGAGAAUAUGCUGUGGUUAUUUUGUGACAUUAGCUCAGUGGUUAAAUUGUGCGCCCCGUGUAAAGUGGCUUUAGUCCACAGCCCUGGUUUGAUUCAGAUUGGUGGCCCUUUACCCAGCGAUGUUUCCCACUCACUCUUUCCGAUUUCCUGUUCUUUCUGCUUUCUUAUUUCUAAAUGCAGAAUUAAAGACCCUCCUUAAAUGUUAAUGUGAAAUAAAAGAACAACAACCUGAGAGAAAAUCCUCUGCUGCCUGAUCUCUAUUAUGGAUGUUUUUCAGUCAUUUACAAUCUAACAGCUCUUCUUUUGCAGGAGCUGUGGCCUCCAUGUUCUGGGUUGAUGCGGAGCUUGGCAGUGACAUUUACUUGGAUGGUAAGAUAAUUGUAAUGACACACAUGGGAAAAUAGUCUUGAGGUAAAUCUGUUUUUCCCAUCAGUAAAAUAUAAUGUCUCAGAAAUCAUGUAUAUAUAAUCUCUAUUGUACCAUAAUUGAUUUUACUUUCAUAAGUUUAUGAUUAAAUGUUUCUCAGAUUUCUAUAAGCUGUGUUUGCUUCCAUUAAAGCACAAUUUACAGAUAUUUUUCUCAGUGGUGCCAGCCCUGUUUGUGGUGAUAACUUAUUUUUUUUUGUUUGUGUGUCUGUGUGUGCUUAACAGUGUUUUGCUUUACUCAGUAAAUACUCAGCUGUCCUCUCUUUUGUGACACGACAGCAGACCAAAAGUGUAUUUUGGUUGACCCAGGGAAAGUGGUGUAGACAAAUGUACCAAACUAAGCACCAAAAGGCAUCUGCAAUCCAUAGAGAAUGUGCACAAGGUAAAACAUCUGAUUAUCUGAUCACUGUGGCUUCAUUUCUCCUGUAGGCAUUGUUACUGUCAUCGACGCCAAGUAUGGACUGCAGGUAUGUGUUUAAAAGAUAGCCAAGAAGUUUAAGAUUUUAGGAAAGAUCAUGUGAAUUAUAAAAUUAUCUAAAACUAUUGGAGACAUUUGUAAAGAUAAAAUGAUAUUUUUAAAUUAUUUUAGAUUUUUUUUAUUCAAGUUUCUUAAAAUCAGCAUAAAUCUGUUAUUCUGAAACAAUUCAAUUUAAUCAGUUAAAAUAUGUGAACAUAGGUUAAAUGUAAUGAGCUGUGGAUCAACCGAGAUUCAUUUAUUUUAAAUGUAUGAGACAGAAAUAAAUUGGAGAUAUAAAUGAUGAACACAUAAAUCUUCAUUAUUUAUCUAAAUACAUUUGGUUUAUUGGUAUUAUUGUAUAAAUCUAAUUCCUAAUUGUUUCAUUUACAUUUGACAAACAAAUUUCCAGCACAUAAAGUUUAUUGGCCUGUUUAUGUUAAAUCUAAUUAAUUCAAAUGGAUGUAAAUUUUGUGUGCAAUGAGGCCUAAAUAUUUCUUUAGGCUUCCAGCCCCUCAAAUGUGGAUGAAAGUGACUUUUCUCUGUUGAGAAUGGACUCUUAGUUUAACUAGGAAGCAUCAUUAAGGUUUCAUAAAUCCAUUAAAUAAAUAAAUGUACACAACAUUAUUAUUAAAGAAUAACUGAUUACUAGUCAUUUGUUGCUAAAGGUCUGAUGGCAGUUUCAGUGUCGGUCCCUUUCUCAACCAGUUAAAAUUUCUCACAGUGCCUUUAAAUUUAACCUGGUGGCUAAACUUGUGAGUGAAUAAACCUCCCAGCAUAUUGCCACACACACACAUACGGCCUUAUCUGUUAUUCAAAAAGGAACAGGACAUCCGACGCCCACAUAAUGGGCUCUAAUUUUAAUGUGUCAAGCUCGCUGGGGUGACACAUUUCAAGGCUGCAUUGCUGCGCUGUUUUCUUAUUUGAGAGCAGUGGGAAAUAAUGCGAGAGGAAAGGAGAGGAUAAGAGAGAGUGAUGGAGUAAUUGAUAUCAGAGAUGUGGCCGGUGUAAUAGGACUGUCACAUCAACUCAUCUGCCUUUCUUCUCACCCGUCUCAUGACAUACUCAUCUGUCUGAGGGGGUUCAAGUGAGCCAUAGCCCUUUACCUCACACUGCCUGAAAGGUGUUUGUCUCUUGGCACAGAGGUUGGUGGGGAAAAAACAGCAAUUGGACAUUCCAUUAAAUUUUUUUCUUACCUUUUUGACAUUCAUCUUUCAGACCAGAAGCCACGCUGAUACAGGCAGUGACAGAUAAAUGUCAUACUGACACCCAGAGGUUAAGGAUCCAGAUUAACACCUCCUGCUCUCUUUGAUAUUAUAUUUUAAACUGUUUUGGAAAAUACUGCAUCCCCUGUGACGGAUGAAAAGUGAUCUCCUGUGGUUUGGUAUGUCAAGGAGAUCACUUAGUUUUGUUUGGGUGAAACACAGAUCUGUCUUUUACCAAAAACUCAGUCACGUUCGCAGCAUUUUUGUUCUUUAAAAAGAAGAAAGUUGGAAACCUUUGAGUUUUCCCUGCACAGUUAAGCACUUUGAAACCCAUAUUUUUCUAUCAUUUUCUGGCUGCAUGUCUAAGGGAUGUCCCCUGUUUCUGCUUUCUGUAGCAACUGUCGGAGGAAAAAGCAGAUGGACUCGUCAAUGAAGCAGCCAGGUAGGUUUGCUAAGCGGUUUGGAAAUACCCUUUUGUCUUUGGAGAAAAAUAUAAACUACGCAUAUUCUGCACUAUUAAACAAAUGACACAAAAAGAAAUGGUAGCUGAUGACGUUUGAGAUGAUGGUUAAGUUGGUAUUUUUGACCUUCUGUCAGAGGACAGCUAGCUGUUUCACUCUUUCAUAGUCUUUGUAUCGACUGCUUUCCUUCAACGAAAGGCCACUGGGGUUUAGCCGCGCUUGCCCUAAUUCACUCAUCCCGCUUGAGUGUUAUAUUUGAGUGUGAUAUAUUGUUCAAAAAAAGGAAGAAAACUUACAUUCUAAUACUGAUCCAGGUCCAAACUUUUGCCUUCAAAUGAAAUGUGAUAUGAUGAAAUGAGGGUAGAAGGAUGAGUGAAAAAUGGUCAACAGGAAAUUAUUAGAGCUCACUAAAACCCAUUGUCUCUGACUGCUGUUUUUGUUUUGACUAGUUUUUAAAUAGCCUGCCAAACAUCACAAAACCACACCCCUCUGUGUUGAUCCCCGAAAGUGACAUACCUAUUAGAAAAAUCAUGUCCUCAACAAAUAUAUUUUGGCUACUACAUUCUUUGUGUUAAGCUAGGCUACUUUGUUUUUACAAACUAGAGAUCUGCGUUUUAUUGACAAGAAUGCAAUCAGAGUUUUUUUCCAAAGAUGCCAAACUACGUCUUUAUGACUCAAAGACCAGUCAGUGUCCACUUUAACAGGUCCAAAUGUUGACUGUAGUCUUUGCCACCCGGCUGUCCGUCUCCCUGGGCGUCCCAGUGUUUGUCUCUUCCAGCAGCUGUGUGGUUGUGUUGUUGUUGUUGUUGUUGAACAAAUACACCGAUGAAGAAACACCAGUUGCAUGACCCUUUGCAUUCUUGGUCUUUGUUUGUGUUUUCACCUCCAAACCAAACAGCGCCCACCUCCCAUUUGAGUUUGGCAUGCGUCGCCCUCUGCCACCCACGAAAAACUAACACACUUACACACAGUAUGCUUAAAUCACUGAUGCCUGAUUUAGCUGACGUCAGUGCAGGUGUACUUUUGUGUAAUUAUCGGUGCAUAUUUUUGCAUACCAGAAACACAGUGUUGUGUUAAAUGUACUUCCAGGCAGAUUGCUGUUGCUGACCUGACCAUAAUCAACAAGACGGAUCUGGUGACUGAGGAGGAACUCGCUCAAACCAGAGAUGCCGUCAGGUCAGCUUUAUUGACUUUUACCUCCUCUGUCCCCCCUUUUUUUCCUCAUUACAGCCCCUUGUGUUACCAUGGUACAGGAUUUAAUUUUGUUACUCAACAGCUGAUCAAUUGUUGUUCAUUAACUGAGAAUAAACUGCUCUUUUCUCUUGUUUUAGGUCCAUCAAUGGCCUUGUUAAGAUUCUUGAAACCCAAAGAUCAAAGUAAGUCUCUUUCUUUUUGCAUAUGUUUAGCUUUGAAUUAAGUUGCCUGCUUUUUUAGCACACAGAUGAACUCCACGUGCUGACCCUGCUCAGAUCUUUAUAUCAAAGAUGAAGCAGGUCAGGCGUGACAUCGCCCAAACCACACACGUUUACUUACACAAACCGCUGCACCCUAAGUAAACACCAGGCCUUCAACGGUGUCCAGUUACCCACAAGUCUUUGCUCUUUGACCCCCGGGUCUUCAAGCUGACUUGGUGUGUGAACGUGCGUGGAAAUAUGUGUGUUCAUUUGACCUGGUAUGUGUUGUUGGACGCAGGUAGCAUAUGGCUAACACGUGCAGUGUGUAUCAAAGGUUCGGGUGUGUUUGGGAUCCCUGCAGAGUUAAGACCGGGGUGAACAGAUGAAAGAAACCGUGCAGAGAGGGGUUAAUCUCAAAAACAACCCCACAACUUUUUACUCAGGGCAGUUCACUCAGUCUGCUGUAAAGCUAGUUUUAACUACUUUGUGACAACAGCUGAGUUUUCACCAAAUUUAUGACCUGCUAAUGUGUGAUUGAAUCUUAUUCACAAAAAUGGAAAGACUAAAAUAAAGAGUGGUCUCCUCUCACAGGGUGGAUGUCUCCGAAGUGCUGGAUCUGCAUUCAUUUGACAGCAAGGAUGGAGCAAAGUGAGUCUGCUUUUCAUAUCAAAGUGUUAUCAAAUCAAAAAUGUUCAGUGUGAGAGUCAGGCAACUUACACUCUCUUGUACCCGUGUCAUUUUCUCUGUGGCAUAUUUUUGAAGGUGUUCUCAGACAGAUAAUGACACUGUUUCUCAAUGAAGUAUCCUAACGUGCAUUAUUUUCUUUAAAAUUAAGGCACAAAAAAUGUUGAUGUUACAAAAGAAUAAAAACAGAUGAACAGAUGUUGAAAGUAAAAAUCAGCAAAAUUAAUAGCACUGAAAAAAAACGACUAAAAACAAACAAACUACUUUUUAGGUCCUGCUUUUACUUUAAUUAAAGUGGUAUUAAUGGCAAUAAAUAUUCAGUUGUGGUGAUCAAAAUCUUAGAUAGAAAUUAUAAUGUAGGAAUUUAACUAAUAUUGAAUUUUUCACAAGUUAUGUCGUUUCUAGUGAGAAUAAGAAGAAAUAUAUCAAACAAACUUUGUAGUGCAGAUCAUUCCUGUUUGAAAAAUGCACUUUUUGUUGUGUUGCGCUGAUAAAACUAUGUAACUGCUGUUGUUAACAUGUCUCUAGAGCUCUUUCUCAGCAAGUUAUAACACAACAUAGGGAAGUAGGUGCUGAUACAGAUGUGUUCGCUGCUCUUAAAAUCUCCAAAAUCAGGCAACUGGACUGUGUAGAGUUAAAAAGACAUUUUGCCACUUAUCCGAGAAGCUUCUUCAGUUCUAAGAUAGUUAGUGGGGGGAGUUGGUAUUUUCAAUGCUGUUAAUGGCUUUCAUGUUUUUUUUUUUUCAAAACAAAUGUUGGGAACUUAUUUGGACUGCACUGCCGGCCUUUAUUCCCAGCGUCUGAACUGUGCACCCACAGGUCUUUGAUACUGUUGCUCACCACGUCUCUCUCUUAUUAACAGACUCUUCUAUUGAGCGUCCCCCUGUUACUCAGCAGGGUGGUCAUCAUAUUGUAUCCCCUGUAGAAUGUCAUUCUCAUGAAUAGAGUCACUGUUCAUCCUUUCAUGUGAAUGAAACAGGCCGCAGUGUUAAAGCUCUCUUACAUGCCUUCAGUCAGUGUCUCUGAGACCAGCUGCAGAGGAUUAGAGCUGUGUGUGUCCACUGGCUCCCAAGGAGACCCCCUUGUCCCUACAGAUAGCUCCUUUCCCCCUGCCUUUGAGAGUCCGAGCUCCUCCUCCCCCCCCUCCAUCCCACACGGGCUGUUUGAAGCGCCCCCCCGCCGCUCCGCCUGUGUGGUACUAACAGCACGCAGAGCUGAAGCUGCUGGACACAACAUUUAGCCUCCUUGUGAGGUCAGGGAGGAGGGGGGAGGAUGAAGAGGUCUGAAGGGGAGAACAAGGGCCGUAGUUUGUUUGGGGGUGGUGUUGGAUGUUUUGUAGGGUUUAAUUGCCGUUUCUAAAGUUUUCACAAGUCCAUUCAGAGCUGUGUCAUUAAGCACUAGUGCAGCAUGACGUGUAGUUUACAAUGACAUAAAACACAACGGUAGAAACUGUAAAGUCGAGUCUCCUUAAGCAGAAACACCGAGGAGAGGAACAAAGAAAAAAAAUUAAAACAAUUGGAAUGACAUAGAUUUUAAAAAGUUAGAAAGGGCAGAUUUUGUUUAAGAUUUAGAGCUUAAGGGAAUACAGUCAUAUUUAAACCUUGGCUGUCCUCGUAAAUCUUGUUUGUCUUCUAGUUCUAUCAAAACAUUUUUUUAGGUGGUUGGUUUUAGGUUUUUAAAAGUUAUCAAUAAACUUAUGACAAAAAAAGGUUUGAGAAAUCUUUGACUUUGUUUGCUUGGAGGUAUGUGCCACUGGUAUAACCACUGAGUUCUUAGAGAAAUCAUAGUUUGAGUAAAGCUUACACAGUUCCCGUUUCAAAGGCUUGGGAUGUAAAUGCAGCUUAAGAACAAUAAAAUUCACACAAAACAAAAUCAAUAUAAUUGACACCGAACAGUAAAACUUUUGCACAUAUGGCAUGUAUUUGUGACCAAUUGUUACUUCAUGUCAUUAGAAUAAAAUUUGUAAUAUUUUAUGAUUAACAUGUAUUAUUUAAUUUUUAGGAGAAAUGAGUCCGUCAGUAAGUGUAACAAAAAGUCUUGUGUGUCUUCUCCUCUUAAAGUUUAGCAGAAAAGCUCCAACUUGUGAAAUCUACAAGACCUCAUCUUGACAAGGUACUGUUUUCCUCCUCUUUUUUUUUUCUUUCCCGGCUUCUACUUCUCCUCUUUGCCUGUCAUGGUUUCCUUAUUUUGUUUGCUAAUUUAUUUCAACACAUAAUUUCCUCCAGGAUACAGAGGAGAUGCGUUUACCUCAGGGCUAAGAUUGCGCUCUGCAUCCCCCCAGGCUGUGACACUGUAGUGAAAACUCCCUCCCCGCUUCCAGUUUUUGUGUUGAGAUCAACUUCAGGCUUUUGAUGUUUUCUCGUUACACUACAAAUAGACUCGGUUUGGGUCGUACGCCGCUGCAUGGACCUUCAAUAGACUCAGUACUGGCUUUAUUAGUUAGACUCUCGGCUCCUGGUUGCUGGUUCACAGCUGAACUGAAUCCAGUGUCCGUACUGUGAUGUUUAAAGAAAUGUUUCACCAGUUAGUUAUCGGAGUGGGACGCCUGUGGCAUGAGGAAAUGAGUGUUUUCUCAACAUACAAAGCUUUCUUUAAGACUGAGAAGACUAAAAAUAUCACUUUGAAGAUCAACCUCUUACGUUUCUCGCAGUUUUUUUAUCAUUUAGAAGCAAUAACUCUCCAAUUAGGCCUCAUCUUGCUGUCAGCUGAGCUUUUCAUCCACAAGCUUUUAUCACAGGAUGAGAAAGAAAUGAGGGCUGUUUGUGUGUGUAAAUAACGUCAUUGUUGUCUGUUUUCUCCGGGUUCCCUUUCCCGCAUCCAGCUCACCGUCCCUCAGACCCUCCUCCUCCUCUCUCCCUCUCCCCCCUCCCCUCCUCUUCCCCAUGUUGCUCUUUUCAUGUAAAUGAGAAUGCUGUUUUUCUGUUGUUAUACCAAAUGACAAGGAAGUGUGUAACCUUAACACUUCAACACAAAACCCCCAAAUAUCCCUUUAAACACUGUAAGGAAGUGUGGGGAGAGGAGAGUGUGAGCGAGAGGAGAAGAGCGAGGGAGAAAGAGAGAAUAAGGGGGGGUUUAGAGGAGGGAGCUGUUACUGCAGGGUUUCAGGUGCUGAGUGGAGUCGAGGUUUUUGACACAGUCAUUGACAAAGUCAUCAGCCAGGGUGUAAAAACAGUUCUUUUGUUAACACUCUCAAACACUUUUCUGGUUUCAGUGACCUGAAAAUAUUUGUUAAAAUGUGUUUAAAGUAGCCCUGAUCAGCAGAUAGGCAUGCUAAGAGACGGAUUUCUUAUUCAUUUAAACCUUGAGAAAGAAAAAAAAAAGUUUUGGAUAAUCAAAAAAGAACUUUUUUAAGUGUGUCCUGGUGAAGACAGGCAACAACAGUACAGCUAAAAACUCAAACAAUAAGCAUACAUGCAAAAAAAGAUAACUUUGGUACAUUACAUAGACUUAGAAUAGACUAAAAAAUAGUAGCCCUUGAAUGCCUGACACCAUAUGAAUUUUUUUGGAGCUGAAAUGUUUAUUUCACUCACUACUGAAAACCAAAAAAAUUAAAAUUUCCUUAAAAUUUAACAAAUAUAUAUAUUUAUUUAUUCAUCUUGUUUGAUGCAUUACAUGUUUUUGGAAACUGAUAAACCACAAGCGGACAUUUUUAUCAUUUAUCGGACUGUAUUCAGGUGUUAUUUUAGUUUUUUAUUGAUCAUAUUGACUUGAUAGAAGUAUAUAAAAGUCAAAUUGUAUCAAAAUCCCUUUGUAUCAAAUAUGAUACAAAGGGCAUUAAAGGGUAAAGUAAAGCAUGAAGCAUUCAACCACAAGCAAACUUUUACUGCUAGACGUGUUUGCCUCUUCUGUGAUUUAGAGUCACAUGAAUUAAAAUCAAAUUUUUAAAAAGUACUAUUUAAGGUUCUUUUACUUUUCUCAGCAUUACCAUAAUAUACUGCUCUAUACUUCUCUUCUCCUAUACUUUAAUGUGACUUUUUGCCUCAAAGAAAAUGAUUACGGUGCUGUUUGUACUGUUAUACACGACCCAUAAUAUUGUUAAAAUUAGUUAAAAUGCUGAUACCAUUGGCUGAGUUUGAUGUGAAAUAUUUGUUCUUACUGGAGGAAUUCUUUGCUCAAAGGACCAUUUUUUAUAGCUUUGUUCAACUGAAAAAAAAUUCCUCUUUCGCCAUGCCAUAAAGCACUUUUAUGUUUCCUCGAUCUCAUUCAUCUCUCUUCAGCAAGUUAAAAAUGUUGAACAUACUGAAAUUUAAAACUACAAAAGAUAAAGUUUUACUACGUGCUGACAAAAAUUCAAUUCUUAUUCUGAUGAAUGUCCCCAGAGUAUUUUGACUGUGACGUUUGAAGUGGCUGGAGAUCUUCCCGAGGACGCCCUGAAUGUUUUCAUCCAGGUACCCACCCAGAGUAUCCACUGUGUAACCCUGUUUGAUCACUAAUAGACUCUCAUAUAGAAAAGGCCUUUGUAAAGUAAACACACAUUUUCUCACUGUUUCAGGACCUGCUUUGGGAGAAGAUGUUCAAAAACAAAGAAGGGCAGCCCAUGACUGUCAUUCGGUUAAAGGUACAGUACAGCAAAACACUCAUGACUGCAGCUUUACUGCUCCUAUUAAUCAGUACCAAAGCUUUCUUUCAGCGUGGGUUAAUGUGUCACCGGGACUUGUGACUUGUGUGUUAUCAGGGUAUAGUAUCAUUUACGGGUAAAGCCCACCAAGUGAUGCUGCAGGGGGUCCAUGAGCUGUAUGACCUGAAUGAGACACCACAGCUUUGGGAGGAGAAUCCACGGAUCAACCGCCUGGUCUUUAUAGGUGAGGACACACACACACACACACACACACACACACACACACACACGCACACACACACACACACACACACACACACACACACACACACACACACACACACACACACAUACACAGUGAUCAGUUUAUUGUGUGUACUGAUAAAAGACAUAUCUCCUGGUAAAAAGACAAAUUUUUGCAUAAUUUUGUAUAUCUUGGGUGGUGAUCAGUUUGAUAUUUUGGGAAAAGCAUCCACAAAAUACUUGAGAUUAUUAUUUUUUACAUAGAUGAGACAUUUUCCAUCUUAUUUAUCCCUUUUAACCGUGAAUAAUAGGGCAUACAGUCUCCGCUCCCAGGACUUUUAUCAUUUUACUGUUCCGAAGGUCAGAACAGAAAUGGGAAAGAAAGCUUUUAGAUUUUCUGCUCUGAGUACAUGGAACAUCUUUUAAUCAGACCUGAAACUCCAAAGUCUGGUAUCUCUGAAUGUAUUCAAAUCCAUGAUAAAUUCCAUUACAUUCAGGCUUCAGGAGUGCAAAUAUUUUAUUUGAGUGCAAAGGUUUGACUAAUCUUGUAAACUCUUUUAACUAAUUUUGAAAAUUCUAAUAUUAUUUGUAUUCUUUGUAUUCUAUAUGAUUAAUGUAAUUAUGUUUUGAAACUGUAUGUGCUGCCAUUCUUGGCCAGGUCUCUUGCAAAAGAGAUCUUGGAUCUCAAUGGGACAAACCUGGUUAAAUGAAAGUAGUAAUAAUAAUAAUAAUAAUAAUAAUAAUAAUAAUAAUAAUAACAACAUUGUUCUUUUAAAAACUUUGCUCACUGCUAAAAUUGGACAUUUUAAAAAGCACUUUUCAUAACACGUCUCUCAGUAUGCAUAUUGGUUUCGCUGUUCUGUACUCAUGCACACACUUGUAUAUCCUCCACUCUGCAGGUAGGAACCUGGAUAAGGAUAUUCUGAGGGAACAGUUCAUCUCUGCAGUGAUAGGAAGAGCAGAAGGACAUUAGCUAACAGCUUCUAAUACAAACUGCUGAAUCUGAUUCCAAAGGUGUGGCUUUGGCUAUCAGUGAUUUUGAUACUGUGCAUCAGAUGUUCUCUCCUCUCCUCCAAGAACAAGAGGUAUGUUAGAGGAUGGUGGAAAUUGUGGCACAGGUGAAUAUGGUGGUUUUAAAAUUGUGAUAAUCCAUCGAUGUCUGUUAUGAAGGCUACAGUAUUUGAAAGAGUGUUUGUGUUGCUGUAGUUUCUGAGUGAAAUGCUGUGCCCCUGAAAAUUUUGACUGAGUAUAACACCCCGGACUAGAAGGUUUGAACAGUCCACGAAUAUCAUGAAUACAUUACCUUUCUGAUGAUAACGGUUUGGAAAAUAUGAUCAGCAGUGUGUUAUCAUGAAGCGUGGCACAACACUACUCCGUAAAUACAGUAGCCUAGCUUUUGUUUCAAGCUUUUAAAAUCAUGUUCUUUAUUAAAUUAUUUAAAAUAAAGUUUUUUUCUCAACAAUUAUGACUGCUCUGAUAUUACAGAACAGAGUGACGCUGGAGCAUGUUGAGUGAAAAAAUGAUCAGCUCGAGUUGACAAUAGCAGAAUAUUAACAUAACAAACAGACAAAGUGCCUUUGUGUUAAAGUGCUAAGUUCAGUGUGAUACUCGACAGUGUGUAAAUGCCUCAAAGCAUUAACAUCUUAGUUUUAAGUGUUAAAAGUUUUCAGCUUUUACACUUGAUAAGCAGGCUAUGGUUGUGAAAGGGUGAGAACUCAAACACUGAAGGUAAAACAAUGUUUUACUCGGUAUCCCAAAAAAGGUUAACAUGAUGUCCACCAACAUGUUUGAGGUCUGUUUACACAUCCCUAAAAUUAAAUCACAUUUUUACUAUUUGAAAGUAGAUGUCACUGGUUUUCUUCUUUGUAUUUUAACACUUGUUCUUGUAUAGAAAUGUAAUUGUUUGCUUUAACUUAUUCAUUUAUCAAACUCGUCUACAUGCCUGUCAGAUGAUAAGGCUUACUCUUAUUCUUUUCAUGAUGAUAUCUGAAUAAAAUUGUCGAUGUGUAGGAUAUUUACAGAUGUGAGGAAACAUUGAUUCAAUAUUGGUCUAAUCACAUGACUGUGUUUAAGAGAAUAGUUUUAUUUUCAGCAGAUCUUUUUAGUUUUUCCACUACAUUACAACAUUUUUGAAGUUAAGGAUUGAAGCGUUUCUGAAAUAGCCAAUCUGUUUUCUUGUAUCUGGUGUGUGGGACUAUAUUGAUUCAUCAUGUGGGGAGCAGCACCUCACACUAACUCACGCUCUCACACAGAAGGCCCAGUCAGGUGACAAAAUAGGUGGAGUUUUCCCAACUUGAUCAUUUGCAAUGGAGAUGGUGUGGCAGCACAGUUUUUGUCACAUAUCCGCUGUUGGACCGGUUUGCUUUGAGGAUGACCCUGCUUAUUCAUCCCGGUCGUAAAGCCGAGUUGAGCCCCGCAGCCCAGGGCGCACUCAGCAGCUGAGCCGUUUCCUACUCGAUUCUGAUGCUGAUGGCCUCGUUAAGGCGACUAUUACCUCUUUUCUCUGCUUGCAGCGGGGAGCCCCACCACGGCCAUUUUCAUGGUCACACCACCUGCGGGCAUCCAGAGGUGGCAAACUAAACGAACCCGCAGGGGUUCCAAUAUGGAAACACUUAAGUUUCUUAUCACGGGCUGGGCGUGGUGUGAAAGUUCCCAUGAGCGUCCCAUCUCUUACUGUGCUGCUGCGCGGUUUACAGCUCAAGUUACUAGAAUAUCACAUUUAAUAUUGCCAGUGUAAUACCUGACCUAGUGCAUAGGACACAAUAUUUAAUCUGAAUCAGGCUCAAACGACGCAGACAGAGUUUCUGAGGUGCAAGAAGUGAUACGCAAACACAAGUACAGUAGAGUAGCCUACACUAGGUCUUUGAAAUACAGGCUAUAAGAGAAAAUAGAAACCUUUUUGUGAUUUUGUGUCUGUGGUUAUCCUAAAAAAUCUGAAAUUGAAGUGAUAAACAUAAAGAAGUUUCGUAUUUGUUAAAUGAAUGAAUAAAUAAACAAAUAUUUCCAUCUGUAAA